CCUCGUGCGCAUGUCAUUCAAUGGCAGCCUCCAUGCGAAAAAAGCAUGGGCGAAGAUAAUUUUUCUGUUGUAAAUGUCACGGGUUCUAGUAUUGUGAAACACAAGCCUGCAUUUUCCUCAGACUCAAAAUGUUUGUUCGUGAUAUCUGGUAAAGACAUCAAGGUUUACAGUGUGAACAGUGGAGAAUGUAUGCAUUACCUGUCUGGUCACCAUGACGAAGUCACAGGUGUCCUCGUCAAUUCCAAGAAUAAACUACAGCUCCUGUCCAGUUCCCUGGAUGAGACAAUAAUUCUAUGGGACUACGCAGAUGGGGUCAUUUUAAAGAGAUAUUCCCUUCAUGCCCCUCUCUACGGCCUUGUUGGUUUUACAAGAGAUGAGACAAAUGUUUUUGUUAUGGUAGGACGAAAUCCACAAGGGAUAGACACAAAGGACAAAAAUUUCAAAGAAUAUUAUGAUGUUUGUGAGUACGACAUGAAAUCAGGCUCUCUGGACAAGCGGCUUAAGAUGAUACUAGGGAGGAAGCUGGUUGGUGUCGGUGCCAAGGGAAGGUACAUAGUUGGGGCAAAGAAGAAAAAGAUUUUCGUUUAUGACUGCAAGAAGUCAGAGGUUUACACGCAUGGUUUGACUGAUGAUUUUGAGAAAGCUAUUACUUGUGUGGCCUGUCAUCCCACGGUAGAUUGCAUUGUGACGGGGUGUGAAGAUGGAACCAUUGUAUAUUGGUGGAAUUUCUUACAGAGGGACAAAGUGGUGAAGUCUUCCUAUAGCUGGCAUGCCCUGCCUGUCCUAGAUCUAGAGUUUACUUCUGAAGGCUCACAGUUGUUGAGUGGGGGUCAUGAGAAUGUAUUGGUGAAAUGGCAGUACAACUCCAAAGACAGAGAAUUUCUCCCCCGUCUGAGGGCCCCCAUUGAUCAUGUGAUCUGUUCCCCUGACAACCAAAUAUUUGUGACUUGUCACCAAGACAAUUGUAUAAAUCUGAUUUCUAACACCUUUGAGCUGAUCCACGUGAUUGACGGAUUGUCGCUGUGUCACCUUCAGUCCCAGCUGUGGGUCAGGCGGUCCGUGCAACUGUUAUACGAUCCCCGGACCAAGGCCCUGGUCACUAACGGACGAGUCGGACACCUACAGUUCUAUUCACUAGAGGCAGACAGGCAGCUCUAUAAUCUGGAUAUUGUACAGGAGAAUUAUACAUCACCAGAAGAUCUGUCAAAGCCUCUCUAUCCCACAGAGGUGACUAAUGCUGCCUUCAGUAGUCAUGGCGAGUGGCUGGCAACAGUUGACAUGUGGGAUGAUGGGGUCAUGACCCCUGACAUACAACUCAAGUUCUGGAUGUAUCAAGAAGAGUCGCAGGAGUACAUGCUGAACACCAUUGUUCAUUAUCCACAUGACAAGAAGGUGGUCGAUAUAAAGUUCCAUCCCCAUGGAGAUGACCUGGAUUUGAUUCACAGUGUAGUGACCUCCAGUGAAGAAGGCAAAUUUAAAACUUGGGUGCUUGUAGAUGAUACAGAUAUUUAUAGGAAGAACUCUAAGUGGGUGUGUGACAGUGUGGGGUACUACCGUGACAGACCGGCUGGCCCGGUGUCAUUCUCGGAGGACGGAUCUCUUCUGGCCGUGGGAUUCUCCUCCACCCUCACGGUCUGGGACUCCGACACUAACGUAUUACGACACUGCUUCCAUGGACAGACUGAUGGGUCCAAUAUCAAACAUUGUGAGUUUGGUCACCAGUCCUGUUGUCACCUGUUGGUCAGUCUGUCCUCUGAUCUACUGUGUGUAUGGAAUCUCCUCACCUGCUCACUGGUGUGGUGUGUCAGUUUGGGUGCGUGUGUACUGACUGCUGAUCCUCUCUCUCCAUAUAUGGCUGUUAUUGACACGGAACAGAAAUUGUAUGUCUUUAAGCCUUCAAGUUCAGACAUAGUUUACUCCAAACCCUUACUAUCCAAGUCACCUGUCACAUGUGCAAUAUUUAUACCUCAAACAAAGAAGACUUCCACUCAAGGGAAACAACUGGAAUGGCAGACGUCCUCACAGCUGUAUUUCUUUAAUGAAGAGCAAGAACUUCUUACCAUUAUUAGUGAAGAAGAGGAACAGAAAAAGAAUGCCAUAGACUCGAGAUCCAUUCAGGAGAACCUGCCCUCCACCCCUUUCAGCGUGUUUAUGGGGAGCGAGAGGAGACCCCUACAGGACAAGGGGAAACAAGUAGAGAGGGUCGUGACCUCCGACCUCACUAAACAGAUUUUGGAAUCUGCAGCACAUGCACAACCACCAGUUACUUCCCUAUGUUUGCCAUUCUUGAACUCGUUUAUCCAUGGAAAACAAAAAGAAAGAAAAACAGAAAAAGAGGAUGAAGAAGAGGAAGAAGAUCAUGUAACAGAUGAAAAAUCUCAAGACUCUGAUUCAGAUAUGGAAAUAGAGCAAUCCCAUGAUGCCUCAAAAACUGAUUCCCAAAAGACAGUUUAUAAGAAUGAAUUUGAUUGGCUGAGUGAUUUGCAUAUUAAUGAAAAGGAUGAAGAGUUGAAUCAUUCAGUUCCCUAUACAAAAGAUUGGAAUUUUAAAAUAAAAUCAUGAAUUCUUUUAA